AUGUCUCCCGUGCCUAGGACACCUUCGCCCGAGCCACAGUGCUCAUCUAGCUCAUCUGAUGAGCUAUCACCUCCUACGCCUGAUACAAAUCCACGUCGAGGCUUGAAUCCUGCUAUUGCUCACGGAAUCGGCAAUGAAGGCGACGUCAAGUUGACUUCAUUCUCGGGCCAUGAUCUAUUGCAGAAGCAUUACCAAAUGCCUCAGAUGCCCGCCUUGCCGUCGCCCUUUGACUCUCCAACAUCAGACAGGAUGAGCUCAUCGGCUUCCAAGGAUCCCCUUGAGCAGCGGAACAUUAUGGGGUCUGUACGUAUGACAGAAUACCGACCAGACUAUCUCCUUUCGGCGUGGGGCACACCAUCUCGCUCCUCCAGCAAACGAGAGGGUCGGGCGAAUCAGUCUUACUCUGGAGGUACAUUCGUCGGCUCCGAGUAUGAGCCUCGAAGGAUAUGGCCUUUUGAAAAGGAUCCUGUCCGGCGGUUCCUUGCUGCAGAGCUCCAUCGAAUGGCAGGCCGUCCACCUAGCAAAAAAACCCUCACCAAUACCAGACCACCUAAAACACCCCAUACCCCCAAUAAGACGCCAAAAUCUCGUAAGAGAGGCAUCGCUACAGUUGAGAAUCAAGACAAAGAUCUCGACGGGAUUGGGGAAGAUGGUGACGAGGAUUUGGUAGACACGAAGCUAGUCCCUGGCAUGGCCGAAUUCGAGCUUUCUCGCAGAAGUCCCACCCCAACAGGGCAGCCUUCAAAGCGAGCAAAGCACUCUAAGGCAGGCUCAGACAAUGAGGGCAUUACCGACUGUCCUCAGACCAGUCAUUAA